UAGUUCCACGCAUGAUUGUGCAGCCUGAGGUUCAUAAAAAAGAGAAUUAUGAAAGAUGGUGCAUUUUCAUGCAACACUAUUUAGUGGCUCAAGACCUUUGGGAUGUGGUUCUAUCCAGCGAGAUGCCUGAUGGAGAAGACCCAAGGGAGUGGAUUAAAAAGAAUGCUUUAGCUCUGUAUGCAAUUAAGAUUUCAUGUGGUGCAGAAAAGUUUGAUCGGAUUAAAGAGAUUAAUUCAGCCAAAGAUGCUUGGAAUGCAUUGGCUGACUUGCAUAAACAGCCAAAUGAAGAUGGGAACAAAGAUACAGGAAUCAAGACUGUUGAAAGGAAACAAGCCGUGACAUUGCUCAAGGACAUAGAAAAGGGGGACUCUGAUGCUGUAAAGAAACUCUUGGAAACACAUUCUUCAUAUUCUGCAAGAGCAUUAGAAAACGGUUCCACUGCUCUUCAUGUUGCAAUUACUGCUGGCAAGAUAGAGUUGGCUAAGGAACUGAUUUCGGUGAUGUCAGAAGCAGGAGAGUUGGAAACACAAAAUAAGAGUGGUAAGACAGUUCUUCACUUGGCUGCUUGUAAGGGGAGUAGAGAGAUUGUAGAAUGUUUGGUUGCAAAGAACAAGAAAUUGCUUGAAAUCCCAGAUUGUGAGAAGAAGAUCCCACUUGUAUUGGCAUGUGCCACACACCAUAAGUGUUUGACUCUUUAUCUUUAUUCGGUGACACCUAUUGAAAUUCUAGAUCCAGUAAAUGGGGACCAUGGAUUCUUCCUCCUCAGAGAGUGUUUAAGGAACCGUAUGUUCGAGAUUGGACUGGAUCUGCUGUGCAAAUUUCCAGAUUUGACAUUUCACAAAAGCUCUUUGGAACCAACCCCUAUUAUUUCAGAGUUGGUCCAAGUACUAUCAUCAUUGUUUGCUGGAAUUUGGUACAAGCAUGUUCCAUUUUGGGAAUGGCCACUUAUGGUAUAUAUACCAUUUUGUAAAGUACCUAUCAUUGAGGCUCUGCUAGUUGGUGAUAAAUGGAAAACCCUCCCAGAAAAGCCAGGUCGGUUAAAAGCAUAUAAUCUAAAGUAUGACCGCGCCUAUGCCCGUGAGAUGGUACAUUUCAUAUGUGAGCAACUGUCAACUUUAGAAAGAGACCAACUUCUAAGAAGCGGAGCAGUGGAAGCUACCUUCAAGGCUAUCAAGCUUGGCUACCUUGACUUUGUAAAACAAAUUAUAGAAGCUAAUCCUGAUAUGGUUUGGAGCCAUGAUCCCGAACACUCAAGAGACAUGUUAAUGUAUGCUGUAGCACAUCGUCAAAAGGAAAUUGCCAAGUUUCUUUAUGGACACAAUGCGUGGAGGAACAUGACGGAGUUUACCACAGAUGACGACCAAAACAAUAUGUUACAUCUGGUCGCAAAGUUACCUCCCAGCUCUCCCCAUAUUCAUCAUUUAUCUGAUCCGGUUCUUCAAAUGCAAAGCGAAGCAAAGUGGUUUGCGGCGGUUGCACACAUUGUUCCAACAUUUUAUAAAGGACAAAGAAAUAAAAUUGGCGAAACUCCUUCAGAAAUGUUUAGCAAAGAACACCAGGAUUUACUUAAAGAGGCUCAAACGUGGGUAAAAGAGACGGCAAGUUUUGCCGCAGUUAUAGGCACUCUCAUCGUUGGCACUAUGUUUGCAGCAGGUAUUACUGUUCCUGGUGGUAAUAAUGAGCAGGAUGGCCUCCCCAUAUUUUCUAAAGGAGGAUAUUUUAGGCUAUUCAUAGGAUGGGAUCUACUUGCUGUCUAUUUAGCAUCUCUUUCAGUCGUGUUGUUUUUGGAUAUCCACAAAUCGAGGCUUACCGAAGAAGAUUUCCUAAGUGGAUUCUUGAUUUUCAAGUUGGCCAUGAGCUUUUAUUUUCUCUUCUCGUCCAUGGGAAUCAUGCUAAUUUGCUGUUUUGCUUCUAUGAAACUUGUGAAUCCCAAACGAAUCACGCCGUACAAUAUUGCUACUUUUAUCCUUUUUGGCUGUCCUUAUGUUUGCAUUUUUGUAAAACACCUUCUUCCUCUAAUUAAGACUUUAUACCCUAUUUUUUUCAAAACAGAGAGUAAAGUUUUGACUUGUUCCCAGAUUUCAUCUUUGAAAAAGUUCCCCAUCCUGCGUCAAUGUAUAUGUGGUUAAAUAUCAUCCCUUCUUCUCGUGUACUAAAACCUAAAUUACGCGCGUUGCGUGGACUUGUGUGCUUCUUUUCCUUUUCUUUUUACCUUCUCAUUUUUCCUGGAUUUGGAUGUGCUCUGUGUUUAUUGUAAUAUUAUUAAUGUUAAAGUUUGUCUUGAUAUUGUAUUUUAAUUUAAAUUCACAGCUGCGGUAUAUCAAUAAUAAUUCAGUAUAACU